AUGGCUCCGGUUUUGACAAUCACCGACGUCACCUACGUCACUGCGACGGCUGGCGCGCUGCCGUCCGAGCCUAGCAUCAAGCUCAAAGCCAUGGAGGCGCAGUGGGUUCUGGUUCCGCUGCUGCAACACCUCCUGCUCUUCGAGGGCGACCAUCUGCCACCCUUCGACGCCAUCCUCCGAUCCCUCCGAUCCUCCCUCGCGACGACCUUGGCCACCCACGUCCCGCUCACCGGCAAGCUCUACUACCUUGCGGACAUCGGCGAUGUCGCCAUCUGUUACUCCAUCGGCGGCGGUGGCGACGACGACUGCGUCAGGUUCUCGUCGCCGCGGAGGGCGACGCGGACGUGCGCCGCCUCGCAGGCAACGACCAUGACAUGCUCACGUUCGUGCGCCUCGUUCCGGAGCUCGACAUGA